AACAGUAGCGCGUUCAGCCGGGAUUUAAAGACAGACAGCGUGUCAGAGAGUCAUUUUAGUGGGAAUGUGGACGUUUAUUCCAAAUAAUAGAUGCUUUAUGUCCAUAAGGCGCAUUCACAAAGCGGGUGACUCGACUGAAGGAUGACUGCAGCUGGACCGGUACCGGUACCGCGGAUGGCUCUUUAAGUUUGGCUCAGAGCUCCAGGAUGAUCAGUCUGAGUAAUCUAAACGCUCAUAAACCAUCAUCAACAUUUCCCAGCAGAUCAAUAUGAUCUUUGAUCUGUAACCCGGUCCAAACUAAAGGUGUUUGUAAGGAAUUAAGUUCAAAGGAGUGAUAGUUUAGAAUGUGUUGCUUAAAUAUGCUAAAAAUGUUAUUAAUCAGUGUUAACCAGAAACUGUAUUUCAGGUUCUUUAAAAAGUAAUUUUCACUGUAUUUUAUUUUGAAAGGCUCAUGUUGCGGGAGGAAGUGGGGUAGAUCAAAGGAACUUGACUGGUCCGUGGUUGGCUGAGGGUCAUGAGGAGAGGAGAGAGAAGAGGGGAGAGACAGGAAGAGAGGGGAGAAUCACGAAAAAGAGAGAAGACAUGACAGAAUUUAGCGAACGGGUUUGUACAUAAUUCGGCUUUCAGCUCGACAGUCGGUGAAAGUAUAUCAACCCUACGCUCUGUUUUACCGCUGCUGUGAGUUCCAGACCGGAGCUCACUGAACACUAUAUGUAAUGCUCGCUGAGGCAUUUAUUAUUCGCUAACUCAGUGAAUAGCCGUUGAGGACUGUUAGCUAACCCGGCUAACGGACAGUUCAGUUAAAGUUUCCGAAGUGGGAGCUUUAUGGAGUAGCGCCUGGAGCAGCGAGCUACGCAUGUGGAAAGAGUGGUGGAGUGGUUGGAGGACUGGGCUACGCUGGACGUCUCUGUUCCCGAAUCCUGAGGACUACCGGACUGGUUGGGGCCUGAGGACAUCUUGCUGGCUGGACUGAGGACGGGUGAGGUGUUGAAAGGGCUCGGGGUUUCACUCGGAGAGGGGCGCCAAGUUCCAGCUUCACAACAGGCCUGCAACGGGGUUUCUUUUUGUUUUGUUGGGACACUAUUUUAUGACCCACUCUCUGAAGUAUUUCUACACGGCAUCUUCAGGAAUAGAAAACUUCCCAUCAUACGUCUCUGUUGGGUUGGUGGAUGAUGUUCAGAUAAGUUACUGUGACAGCAGAACAAAUGAAAAUAUUCCUAAACAGGAUUGGAUGGAUGAAGUGAGUUCAGAACAUCCAAAUUACUGGAAGGAGGAAACAGAGACAUGUCUGGCUAAACAGCGAACCUUCAAAAUAAACCUAGAAAUUGCAAAACAACGCUACAGCCAGAGUGGAGGAGUGCCCAUCUUUCAGCAGAUGUAUGGCUGUGAGUGGGAUGAUGAGACUGGAGAGGUCAAAGGUUAUGAUCAGUUUGGUUAUGAUGGAGAAGAUUUUAUUGCCCUGGACCUGGAAGGACAAUCAUGGAUCGCUCCUAAACCACAAGCUUUCAACACCAAACAGAAUUGGGAAAAUAAUAGAGUUGCACAGGAACUUGAGAAGAUCUACUUGACUCAAACAUGUGUUGAGUGGCUGAAGACGUAUGUGAGCUAUGGGAGGAGCUCACUGAUGAAAACAGAUCUUCCUUCAGUGUCUCUCCUCCAGAAGAAUAGCUCCUCUGCAGUGUGCUGCCACGCUACAGGAUUUUAUCCUAACAGAGCUGAGAUGUUCUGGAGGAAAGAUGGAGAGAAGAUUCAUGAUGGUGUGAUUAAAGUAGAGAUCCUCCCCAACAAUGAUGGGACCUUCCAAAUGAGUAUUUAUGUGAAUCUUUCAUUUGUUCCAUCUGAUGACUGGGCAAAGUAUGAAUGUGUGUUUCAGUUCUCUGGUUUUAAAGAUAAUAUUGUCACCAGACUGGAGAGAAAGAAAAUAAGGACAAACGAAGUAAAUUCUGCCAUCUCACACAUCGCUGUUAUUGUGGCUGUUAUUGUGGCUGUGAUGAUUCUGGUUCUGGUCACUGCUGUGAUUAUAUUUCUUUGUCAGACAACAAAAAAUGUCACUCAAGAUAGCAUGACUGAGACUUCAUCUUCAACUUCCCAAGAUAGUGCUUCAUCAGACAGUCAAUGGUCGAGGCCUGGGGAAAAGAUCGUGGACAUGUCAUAUUAGAGACUCAUUAACCUCACAGUUAUGUUUUUGAACUGUGGGAGGAAGUUGGAGAGAACCUGCGAGAAAGACUUGUUUUUAUCAUUUAAUCAAUAUAUGUGAUAUGAAAAGUAUUUUCUAUACAUUGCAUUUAUUUUUGCUUAAGCUGAACUCAUUUCAUAAGUGUGGAAAAACCCAGAACCUCCCGGCUGUCCAGAAGAGGAAGAAAUUCUUCACCGUUAAAAACUCUGAGUUGCAGAAGACAGAGCAACGCCACAUGAUGAGAUAUUUCUGUUACAGAAACGAGAAGAUCUUGUAAUGACAGGGUUGGAGAACAACUGAUGUGUAUAAACACCCUGUGUUCCUCAGUGGGAGAAAGCUGCAUUUUGGUGCAAGCUCCUCACUCAUUGCAAGUAAAAAUGCCUUAAUAAUGUAACUCUUUUCUUUGGCAUUCCUUUGCAACUGCAUGUCAGGAGCAGUACCAUUUUUCUUACUCAAGGUGAGCAGCUUCUUGUUGCAAAGCAAUAAUAGUGGUACCAGAUGUGCCAUUCUUAGUUUGUGUAAGCAUGGCUGUGUUCCCGCUGUUUCCAACUUAUCCACUUUGUCACUAUAUGUAGAAAAACGCUAUCAAUCAAUAAAGAAAGAACCUUUAAUAACCUAUUUAGACAGUUUAUCUGAAAAAAGUUUAUUUGGGGUUACACUUUGACCUACGUUUGAUAUGUACAACAUUUUUGUAAGAACUAAAGGUAACAUAGUUACUUGAUUGUACUGGCACUUUGUGUGUGGAAAGUACACAAUGCCGCCCCUUUAAUAAAUAAUGUUUGGUGA